UUGUUUAAACAUAAGCUAGAAAAAGCUUAUACUUGUCAAAGCAUUAAAUGCGUUAAUUUGAAUGCCAAAAAACAAGUGAGCGCAUAUUUGUUUUUUAGCGUGACAUACUUAUUUGACAUUAGCAAAAAGAAAAUGUUCAUGAAUGGAACGGAGUCAUCUCAACAAACCUCUCAGUUCGUAUUAUUUCGCAGUUUUAUGAUAUUAAUAAUCAAUAUCAAUAAUUCAUAAUUUUUUAUAAUUUAUAAAGAAAUUAUGCCAGUAGUUAUUUUAUGGAUUAUGUAUGUAUGUAUACAAACAGAAACGCAAUACAUGCGACGAUUUACUCGAAAAUAUUGUAAUUUCAUAAGAUUAGACUGAAUAUCGUUUAUUAAAUGAUUGAUGUGAGAAGAUGGCAGAUGGCAAGCUGGAGGAAAAACUCUCGGAACAUAUAUUUCCAGAAGAGUUAAAUAAAUUUUUGCAGAAUCGAAUUCGUGAUUUAAUGGCGGAGAAUGAAUGUUUGCGACGAGCAUUUGAGCACACGGAGGAGAAGUUGCGGAAACUGUCGCAAGAAAAACAAAAUUCGCAAAAUACAAUGGCAACCGAAUUGGCUACGACAAAGUUGAUUGAACUUAGCAAGAAAUAUAGAGACCAAACCGCUGAAAUGGAGGCAUUGAAAACAAAAUGCAAGAAUUUAGAAGCCACUCUGGUCAUUAAAGACGAUGAUCUGGAACGUCAAAGAACGGAAUUGCAACAGAUUCUCAAAUCUGAAAUACGCAAGGAUUCCGACGAUAGCAAAGGUGACGAGGAGCGAAUUAAAUGUUUGGAGAACAAAUUGCAACGAGUCCAAGCAAAACUUAGUGAAUCCAGAAACACGUGUGUCACUCUUAGGCAAGAGAUUAAUAAAGCACAGAAGUUAUUGUGCAGCGAGGUGGGUGAAAACGUCAGCAUCAGUGCGCUUUCGAGUAUACCGGGCGGUUGGCGUGGACGAGCCGAGCAAAUCCGGAAUAUGCAGCAGAAAUUGCUAGAGCUGCAGAUGAAAUUGUCCGAAAACGGAAGAUUCCAGAAAGAAUCCUCCGCUUCUCUAGAUCGGCAAAAUUUGGCAUGUCUUCGGAAUGUUGAAAAGGAAAGACGACAACAAAUAGAAAAUACAGUGAAGAAGCUAAGACAAGCAGAGGUAGCGUUGGAAACUUCGAAAAGGAAACUUGAUGCUUCUAAGGCGAGAAUAAAAGUAUUGGAGCAAGAAUUGAGUAUCGCGAAGGGAAACAUUGCGACGCUGAAUGAAAAAAGGUCUCACGAUGAUCGUCUGAUUGACACGCUUAACUUGAAGAUUUUCGAAGCGAGGUAUCAAGAUCGCGAGGUAGAAGUACAAAAUAGGGAACAUAAGAGUGAACGUGAACACGCGAACUUCAAAAACGAGAUGAGAGCGACACAGUUGCAUGUCGAUCGAUUACGUAGAAGAUUGGAGGAACGCGAAAUCGAAAUUGACAAAUUAAGAAAGGGCCUAUCAGAUGAAUCUUUCAGGUAUCAAACCUCGAUUUAUCCAAAUUUUCCGUUAACCGAAGAGCGGCAAAUCAGUCCAACUGCUAAUUCGCGAAACUCAGGCGAACCAAAUGAAUAUGUCACCUUGGCUCUAGCUGCUGAAGUUGAACGCGUGAGACUGUUGGAAUUAGUAACACUACUUAAUCAACGACUGGACAAGGAAAGAAACGAAGUUGAUUCACUUGCAAAAUUGCUGCGUAAAGAAAAGAAUAAGUGUGCGAAAUUAGAGUCAAAAUUGCGAGAUUCGGAGAAAGAGAGAGUGGGACUUGUUAAAGUGGAUACGGGAUAUAGAGCAAGAUCUUGCGCGAAAUCGAUCGCGUCGAAUCUACAAACGGAGGAAGAGCCUACCAACCCCGAAGAAGUUUGUUAUAAAAUUGAAUUACUAGAAGAGGAGUGCCUCGCACUAAAGACCAGAUUAGAUACCGUGCAGCAGGAUAAAGCAUCGGAUCUCGCCAUGUACAAGAAAAUGCUUGAUCAAGCUAGAAAAACUUUUAAAGAUGCAUGCAGAAACAAACUAGCUGGCGGUAAAAGUCGUUCCACAAUAAUUAUUUGAAACAAAAAUAAGAGGGCAUGGCAGAAAGAAACGAGGAGUAUUACCAAUUCUGCAAUCUUAGACAAACUGCAGGUUUGAGGAAAUUUGAUAUAGUUUGUUGAAGAAAUUAACUCUGUGUUAUAGAUAAAAAAUAGAACAUUCUUGUACGAGACAGUCGCUUGCAAUCGGAAUAGAUGUAACAGCAACAAAGCCACGGAGUCGUGAUGUAACUGGGACACGAGAUAAGGUGCAACGUCUCUACGUAAACCCGCGUGACACCAUCAGAGUAAAACUCACAGUUUCGUCUCCACCUCGCGUUCCUUCGCCGUUCCCUUAACGCGCUCCGGUGUUUGCCUCGGUCGACUCGUUUACUUCUACCAUUGAUAUCGCACGCGCGGCGGUAACGCGGCUAUAAACUCAUUCCGCUUUCGUUACCUAAGAGCAGUAGACGACUCUCAAUCUUAUGUUACUACGAGUUUAAUCAGAAAUUUGAAAGAUAUAUGGAAUCUUAGACCCUUAUUAGAGUCUACAUCACGAUAUCGAACAUAUAAAUGACAAAGUUAGAAAAUAUAAAAACAUUCUACAUGUUUAAACAGUUUUUGUAAGACCAUUUUUAUUGUAAGGUACAAUUUUAUAUGUCAAUAAUAUAAAAUUAUGUAGCUGCAAUA